CAUUUCGACUGUGCCCAGUCGAUUGAGCUAUUUCUUGGCUCAGAACCCAGCCAGCUGCCGAAUUGUGCAAACCAACAAAUUUCAGAAUGUCAAGAGCUCGUCUAGCCAAAAUGCUGCUGAUCGUCGCGCUGCUAAUUGUCGGCGGCCAAGCGAGACCCGGGCGUGGACGGAAGCGCGCCUUUGGCGUGGGUCUGCUCGGCGGCGCCUUGGCGGGCGCUGUCAUUGGCAAUGCUGUGGCCAAGGCGCCGGGCUCGGCGAACGCGGCUGCGCCAGCGCCAGCCCCAGCGCCAGUGGCCCAGGUGGUGGAGACGGGCGUGCCCGAUGCCAAUGGCUGCUAUAGACAGACGAUCAAGGAGCCCGUUCCUGGCAAUGGCAAACUGUACACAGAAACGGUUCAUCUAGUCUGUCCCCACAAUACAGCGCCAGCUAAUCCGCAGCCAGCGAUGGUGGUGCUACCAGUCGCCCAGGCUGCUUCGGCAGCACAUCCAGUGCUGGCUGCACCGGCGCCAGUUAGCCCAGCUGUGGUGGCAGCUGUGGCACCUGUGGCACCUGCUGUUGUUUACAAUCACACGUCAGCGCUGAACUCGACGCAUUUGAAUGCCACUGUCACGGUGCCAGCUGCAGCUCCGGCUUCAGCUCCCGCUAUGGUUCCUGUUCCGGCUGCAGCUCCUGCUCCGCAGUCUUCGUUAACUGUAGUGUACGCGGCUCCGCCGCAGCAGCAGCAUCCGCCGCCUGCACAGCCCGGAACUGCGCACGUGAUUCUGCUGUCGAAAACAGUAAAGAAGCAGAAAUCUGCGGCUGGCUCCAUAAAUAUAUCGCAGGGUCUACUGAUUCUGGUCGUUUUGUACUGUUUAAUAAGCAAAUAAGUUAAAAUUUUUAAACGCUGUUUCUUCUAAAACAAACUAUGUGGAGGUAGCUAAAA